CACAAUACUUGUUUGGGGUAUUGGCCUCGUAUUCAGUCCCUGCCAACUGUUUUCAGUUAAAUCCUGUACUUCUGAUUCUGUUAGUGAUUUCUGUCCUCCUGUAUCUUUAAUAUUUUCACCUUCCUAGAGUGGAAUGUAGAGACUUCUUUCUGGUGGAACACUUCUAGUAUAGUCCUGCCCUGUGGUACUGCGCUGCUCAAGUUCGGGGAACUCCACAUGCCUCUGCUGCCAAAGUAUAAUUUUCAAAAAGUUGAAAAACAUGACUCCUACAAAGAUAGAUAUGGCAAGAUUGUCUCUACUAAGGCCAUCCUGGACAAGAGCACAAACAAAUGCAAAGGCUAUGGCUUUGUGGACUUCGACAGUCCUUCAGCCGCACAGAAAGCUGUCACGGCACUGAAAGCCAGUGGUGUGCAGGCUCAGAUGGCAAAGCAACAGGAACAGGACCCCACAAAUUUAUACAUAUCAAACCUUCCACUCUCCAUGGAUGAGCAAGAACUAGAGGGGAUGCUGAAGCCUUUUGGCCAGGUUAUCUCCACUCGAAUCCUCCGAGACACCAGUGGGACCAGCAGAGGGGUUGGCUUUGCAAGGAUGGAGUCCACAGAGAAGUGUGAAGCCAUCAUCACCCACUUUAAUGGAAAAUAUAUUAAGACACCUGCUGGAGUCCCAGCCCCAUCUGAUCCCUUGCUUUGCAAAUUUGCUGAUGGUGGUCCAAAGAAACGACAGAACCAAGGGAAAUACAUGCAAAAUGGACGGGUCUGGCCAAGGAAUGGAGAUAUGGGUGGUAUGGCCUUGACCUAUGACCCCACCACAGCUCUUCAGAAUGGGUUUUACCCGGCUCCUUAUAACAUCACCCCCAACAGGAUGCUUGCUCAGUCUGCACUCUCCCCGUACCUUCCAUCUCCUGUGUCUUCCUAUCAGAGAGUAACUCAGACAUCUCCUCUACAAGCACCUAACCCGUCGUGGAUGCAUCACCAGUCAUACCUCAUGCAGCCUUCAGGUUCCGUUCUGCCGCCGGGGAUGGAUCACCCCAUUUCUCUGCAGCCUGCCUCCAUGAUGGGACCUCUUACCCAGCAACUGGGGCACCUCUUGCUCAGCAGCACGGGCACGUACGUGCCGGCGGCCGCCCCGCUGCCAGGAGCUUACAUCGCCCCGUACACCCCCGUGCCUUCCGCCGGUGUUGCAGCCGAGGAGAGCGGCGGCCAGCAGACUCAGGUGGCGGUGGAGGCGCCCUCAGACCACGGGCUCUACUCCUUCCAGUUCAACAAGUAGCAGCGUGGUCUGGAAGCGAACCUGCAUCGUGUCUGAGAUGCGCCUGGACGCCUGAAUCAUCGGAGAGGCUGAUGCUCCCGAACUCCAGAGGGCUGACGGGAUACAGACCCGCGGAGGGCCCUGCUAAGGACUAACACUUGGGCAGCGCUUUUCACAGGCCUGCGCCUGGAGAAAAGAAAUCUCUGCACUCCUGCCCUCUGCUUCUUCCUCCAUUCCUGGGGAGGCCUGGGGGAACCGUCACUUUUUCUGUGUGCUGCAUUCAAGGAGAUCAAAAGAACUUUUUUUCUUUCUUUUGCAAAGAAAGUUUUAUAUUUGGUUUUUAACUGCAAUAUACUCUUUCCAUAUCCCAAAGAGA